GGCCAAAUUAUAGUCCAGGAGACAAGAACUGCUCAACUGAUAUAAAGUGACUGCCGGAGCAGCACAAACCACGUGUUCGAUGUAUUUUUUUGCUGCCUUUAUAUGGCUACGGUCAGGACUUGAAUACUCUCCAUGAUAUGUGCUUUGCAAAACGUCCCUUUGUAACGUGCCUUCCUUGCAGUGUAAUGUAGUGAAAAUAUGUGAAGUUAUUAAUUAUCACCCAGAGAGAAGACAUACUCUUUUCUGAUUGGCUGGUAGGGUGGCUAUUAAUUAUGAAUAACGGGACAUCUAUGAAGUAGAUCUGGUAAAAAAAAAUGACACAUAUUGUGAUUGUACUUUAACUUAUUUUGUAUUGUUGUUUUGAGUUCCCGAUUAGACAGGCAGAUGACAAAUUAUUUACAAAUGACAAAUUAUUUACCUAGCUGGUAUUCCAAGUGGGCCUAGACAUUGCAGCCCCAGUGUCUAUUAAUGGCCUAUCUUAGCGUGCUCAAUUGAAGUUUCCACAGCAGUGAACAGUGGAUCAAUCUGUGACCCCCUUGGAAAAAUAUAAUGCCCGUCCGUGAAUUGGUGUCUGCUGCCGGGUCUGGUACCAACCUGGUUAAAGAAGUGAUCUGUCUGGAUAUAAGUCACUCCAUCCAAGGAUUGUCACUCGUGGCAAAAUGAACCGUAAAGAGACAAGCUUCCUAGCAGAUGUUGCCAUGCACCGUCUAAUAUGUUGGGGUGUUCUAUUUGCUGUCCAAUUGCAUCCUAUAUCAGGUUGGACUAAGCCAGUGGUCUCUGCCCAGCUGUCAGUCAUGACGGUGAAGGACGAGGUUGAGCUGCACUGUGACCCGCAGCCUCCAAACACUCAGUGGACGUGCCUUUUUAAUUCCAGUUCCCAAAAGGACCUUUUAACCCCAACGAACAAAGGACACUGCACAGUGACUGUGAAAGGAGAUAAGCUACUGGAACAUAAUGCUGGCUACAAAACAAAUACACACAUCUCAUGUGGUUGCACUCUGGAUAAUACCACAAUAUAUAGUGAGAAUAUUACGGUGGUGGUUUUCAAUUUUGAUCUGCCCAUAAAAUACACAAUUAUUGCAAUGGUUGUGUUUGGAGUCUUCAACUUGGCCACUCUGUGUGUCCUUGCAUGGGGAUGCUACAUCAUAUUGCCCAUUGCAAGAAACAGAACACCUCCACUUCUUCCCAGAAGUAAUCAAAAUCAACCAACUAACAUGGAUCAUCAGAGCACUGGCAGUGUUAAAGAAGCAGCGGAUGCAGAAAAAGAGGGGGGGCCUGGUGAGGACGAACUGUUCUAUGCUACAGUGAGGCACCCUACCGAUGUAAGAAGAUCACCACAGGUGUAUCGGUUUGAGCAGGGCACUGAGUAUGCUACGGUGCUCAUCAACUGACCAAUGCUGCCCUUUAAUGACUCUGUGCAAUGAUAGACCUGUUAUCCUAGAGAUUAUGCAUGUUUCUGCGAAGCUGCAAAAUGUGUUGCGCCCUGCAGGUAACCCCCAGAUUAUAGUCAACGUCAGACGUUUCUCAGACGUAACCCUAGGCCUAGGCAGUUAGGACCCACGAUACCCCCAAGAGGUUAUUGCAGGUAGCAGGGACCUACUGUCGAGCGAAGUUGCACGUCUUCCCUCUGCGGCGCAGAUAACCUAUUACUCCUAUUUUAUAUAAAUAUCCCCCUUGGAAGUUGAUCCGUAGAGGAUUUAUUGGGAUGCUAUAAAAUAAAGAGCAGCUACGCCUAGGUCUCGGACAGUUGGCUAACGUGCAAAGAUGUUUGACCCUAGAGAUUAUCUAGAGACACAGGCAGGGGCGUCAUGCAGGGCAAAAUUCAGAGGGGGCACAAUCAGGGCCGGAGAUUUCGAAAUUCUGGCUGCUAAACAUACCAUUUCAAUGCAGUUUGGGAGGGACAGAAAUACCUUAACAGAGCAAGCAGAAACCAUCCUCUAAGCAAGGACUAAGCUAAAGUAUCUAUUUUGUAAGUUAAUGUAAAACACAUAGGUUGGUGAAAGAACUGUAAGCUCAAAUUCAGCUCAUUACAGCAUGUUUAGACACAUACAUUUACAC